GCUCCUCCCGACGCCGCAACGCCCGCCCAUCCGCAGGCCUCCCCUUACAGCCACACGGGCGGAGCGUGCGGGCAGCCCGCGGGGUUGCCGGGCUCGGGGUCGCUGUUCCGGAGCCAGCGGAUCCAGCUGCAGCUGCGGGCGGUGGGGUGGUGCGGUGCGGCGCGGCAGGAUGACCCUCAAGUCGGGGCGCAGCGCCAGUGCCGGCAGCAUGCGGACCGCGCUCUCCGAUCUCUACCUGGAGCACCUCCUGCAGAACCGGGCCAAGCCCGAGGCCAUUACUCAGUCCCAGAAUGCCAUGACUGAGGACAUUUAUACCAACGGCUCAGCAACUCUGGGCAGCCCUUCCCACAGCAACGGCCGUGAGGUGCGAAAGAUUCGCCUCAUCCAAUUCGAGAAGGUCUCGGAGGAGCCCAUGGGAAUCACACUGAAGCUCAAUGACAAGCAGAGCUGCAUGGUGGCCAGGAUCUUCCAUGGUGGCAUGGUUCACAGGCAAGGCUCCCUUCAUGUGGGUGAUGAAAUCAUAGAAAUCAAUGGGCAGAGUGUGAGCAACCACUCAGUUGACCAGCUGCAGAAGAUGCUGAAAGAAACCAAGGGGAUGAUCUCUAUAAAAGUAAUUCCCAACCAACAAAGCCGCUUCCCUGCUCUCCAGAUGUUUAUGAAGGCUCAGUUUGACUACGACCCCAAAGAAGACAACCUGAUCCCCUGCAAGGAAGCAGGGCUGAAGUUUCAGACUGGUGAUGUGAUUCAAAUCAUAAAUAAGGAUGACAGCAAUUGGUGGCAGGGCCGGGUGGAAGGCUCCUGCACCGAGUCAGCAGGACUCAUCCCUUCUCCAGAGCUGCAGGAGUGGCGUGUGGCGAGUGUCACCCAGUCCACUCAAAGUGAAUCCCCAAGCUGUAGCCCCUUUGGGAAGAAGAAGAAGUGCAAAGAUAAAUACCUGGCCAAGCACAGUUCAAUUUUUGACCAGUUGGAUGUAGUUUCAUAUGAAGAGGUGGUGAGGCUGCCUGCCUUCAAGAGGAAGACUCUGGUGCUCAUUGGGGCCAGUGGUGUGGGCCGUAGCCAUAUCAAGAAUGCUCUCCUCAGCAACAACCCAGAGAAGUUCAUGUACCCACCCCCAUACACCACACGCCCCCAGAAGAAGAAUGAGGUGGAUGGGAAGGACUACUACUUUGUCUCCACUGAGGAAAUGACCCGGGACAUCUCAGCCAAUGAGUUCCUGGAAUUUGGAAGCUACCAGGGAAACAUGUUUGGCACCAAGUUUGAAACAGUGCACAAGAUCCACCAGCAGGACAAAGUUGCUAUUUUGGACAUUGAGCCCCAGACCCUGAAGAUUGUCCGCACGGCUGAGCUCUCCCCUUUCAUAGUCUUCAUUGCCCCAACAGACAAAGCAGAACAGUCAGAGGCUUUGGAGCUGCUUCGGAAGGAUUCAGAGAGCAUCCGCAGCAGAUAUGCACACUACUUUGACCUCUCGCUGGUCAACAACGGGGUACAAGAAAGCCUCCAGCUGCUGCAGGAAGCCUUCGAGCAGGCCUGCAGCUCUCCACAGUGGGUGCCGAUCUCCUGGGUCUACUGAGAGGGUGUACAACCCCAGCCGCUUCCCAUCCAUCAUCCUGCAGCUUUGGGGGGAAGCCUCAGCUUCCCCUAAUCCACACACAGCCCCAGACAACUCCCUCUGCUGCUCCAGACAUGGUCUCAUUGGUUGACAAGCACACAAGGGUCUACAGAUCUCUCCUUGGGGAAUGCAGGUCAGGGGCUACCCAGGGGAUGGCCAUGGCACUACAGUGCAGUGUUAAAUUCAUGGCUACAGCAGAGCCCAGGGUACCCCAUUAGCUCAGAGCACAUCUCCCUGCCUAACAGGCAAAAGCAAGCAGUCCCCAUGUAGCACCCAGCCAAUCUUCUCUCCAUCAGUCCUAAGGAAAGUGGUAGAGCAGAGGCUUUCCAUGCAGGUGUCCCCUGCUAUUGCAGGAGUGCACACUGCAUCACAGACACCUCAGAAAAGCCUGGUUGGUGUCUGAGACUUCAAGGAGGCCCACAUCUUAGGCAGCUUCACAAAGACCACACCAGAGCCCCUCACAAGUAGGGAAAAACAAAAAGGGGAGUGUGGAUUUGACUAAGGUGGUGUGGAACAUGCCAUCCCCAGGCAGGUCUUACCCUGCAUUCUGAGGUUGGAGUUUUCUGAUUCACCCUGUGCAAUUGUAGUUGUAGAAACUCAGCUGUAUUUAAAUUCUCAUCUCACAGCUUCAAUUGUUACUUACUGGCCAGAGAAACUAGGCAGCAGCUCAGGAAGUCCCACAGAGCAAACACCAGAGGGACAGCUGAAUGAGUAAACUGGAUCAAACCACAAGCAUCUGUUGCAUGCAGUAUAAAGUGUCUUUACAAAGAUCUAGGCAUGUUUUCCAGAGUUUAGGGUGUCUCACACACAGUAUGGGAACAUAAAAGCCAUCCACACAAAGGGUUUCCUUCUGCAAGAGUGUACUGAUGCACAAGCUUCACCAUGACCAUGUCCAGGAAGCUUCUGGGCAAAUUAUAGAAAUCAUCUAGGUGAAAGUAUCUCAUUUGUGUGUUCAGCAGUCAGCUAAGGGAAAGGGGAAGGGGACUAAGAAGUCUUGUGCAAUUUUUUAAGAAUGCCAAAAAUAAAAUCUGUUGAUGUGCAA